AAAUAGCAAGAGAAAUGAUAAAAAAGGGAAAUAUAUAGACUAGGUGAAAGAGAUGACCAUCUGUUAACCGUCUUAUUCUUCGCUUCCUUUCUUCAUCCCUGUUCCUCGAACAAAAAGAAAAAAGGGGUCGAGAAGAAGCAAACCCAUGUAUAUAUAGACCUCCCCGCUGUCCCUGUAUCCCACUCCAUCACUGUGUUUUUAUGUGUGUUAUUCUCCUGUAAUUAGAGAAAAGCGACCCUUCUUCAACAGCGAAGGGUUUUUCCUUUUUUGGAAAAACAAAAAAAGAAGAAGAACAAAACGAGAGACAAAAAAAUGCCUCCCCGGGACGAAGAGGAACAGAGAUUACUGGUGAACCCACUUCUGGAUUCUUCCGAUGAAGAAAGAGCCUAUGAUUCUACAGAAAAAGUUCACAUAAUAGGAGCGGACGAACCUAAUGAAGGAGGAGGAGAUAACAGCGACGUUUGCUCCACCAAGGCGCCGCCAUUCUCUUGGAAGAAGCUCUGGCUUUUCACUGGGCCGGGUUUUCUGAUGAGCAUAGCUUUUCUUGAUCCGGGUAACUUGGAAGGGGACCUUCAGGCGGGUGCCAUUGCUGGGUAUUCUUUGCUAUGGCUGCUGUUGUGGGCCACGGCUAUGGGGCUUUUAGUCCAGCUCUUGUCGGCUCGGCUCGGCGUGGCUACUGGGAGACACUUGGCUGAGCUCUGUAGGGUGGAGUAUCCCACGUGGGCUAGGAUUCUUUUAUGGGUCAUGGCUGAAGUGGCUUUGGUUGGGGCUGAUAUUCAGGAGGUUAUUGGCAGCGCCAUCGCUAUUAAGAUUUUGAGUAAUGGGUUGUUGCCUCUUUGGGCUGGUGUCGUCAUCACUGCUCUGGAUUGUUUUAUAUUUCUAUUUCUCGAAAAUUAUGGGGUCAGGAAGCUCGAAGCACUUUUUGCAAUUCUCAUAGCAACCAUGGCGCUCUCGUUUGCAUGGAUGUUUGGUGAAACAAAACCAAAUGGUGUUGAACUUCUUCUUGGUGUUUUGGUUCCAAAACUGAGCUCCAAAACAAUAAAGGAGGGAGUGGGAGUUGUGGGUUGCAUUAUCAUGCCUCACAAUGUAUUUCUACAUUCCGCUCUUGUACAGUCAAGAGAGAUCGACGCCCGCAAGAUAGGCAGGGUUCGAGAAGCAAUCAACUACUACUCCAUAGAAUCCGCAGCUGCCCUUCUAAUUUCUUUCAUCAUCAAUCUGUUUGUUACAACGGUUUUUGCGAAGGCAUUUUAUGGUACUGAACUAGCCAAUGACAUUGGCCUCGUGAAUGCAGGCCAGUAUCUUGAGGAGAAGUACGGUGGAGGAUUGCUUCCAAUUAUAUACAUCUGGGCUAUUGGAUUAUUAGCUGCUGGUCAGAGUAGCACCAUCACUGGCACUUAUGCUGGUCAGUUUAUCAUGGGAGGUUUCUUGAACUUACGGUUAAAAAAGUGGCUGAGAGCACUGAUCACUAGGAGUUUUGCCAUAAUUCCUACCCUGGCUGUUGCUCUUAUUUUUGAAACCUCUGAAGGAUCAUUGGAUACUAUGAAUGAGUGGCUGAACAUACUUCAGUCAAUUCAGAUACCCUUUGCCCUUAUUCCUCUACUUUGUCUGGUCUCCAAGGAGGACAUAAUGGGUGUAUUCAGAAUUGGCCCCAUUCUGAAGAUAAUUUCAUGGCUAGUUGCUGUUUUGAUCAUAUUGAUUAACGGAUAUCUCUUAGUGGAUUUCUUCUCAUCUGAAGUCAGUGGAGUGAUACUUACAUCAGUCGUAUUUGUUUUUACGGCUGCAUAUGUGGCUUUUAUAGUAUACCUUGUAUCACGAGGCAUUACCUUUUCUAAUUUUCCAUUAAAAUUCAAGAGGCUCACAAACUCAGGAAAUUAAUCGAUGAUUCUGUCAAUGACUUGCCAAGUGCGCAGCACUCAGGACUUUCCAUCUCUGGUAUUGCCAACUGUUUCUCUGCCAGAAAGAUCCCUUGUGCAUAUAAAUGUUUUCCAUCUCUGGAACGCGCAAUAGGUGUCUACAAAGAUGGUGACAAUCACUUACCUGAAUCGCUUGUGGGAAAUUUGUACUAGUUUCUGUGCAAUUUUGCAAUUCUCAUCCCUCUAUGUAUUGGAGAUGGGAAAAGCAAGGCCCAAUAUAGAUCUGAGGUGAAGUAUUGUAUGUAGUAGUAGAUUCCAAUAUACAUUUUUUUUUUCCUAAUCUGAAGGGUGGGGGUGGAGGUUGUCACUGUUGAUAUUGGCCAGUGUAGAGUAUUUUGGAAUUAAUCCUAUGGCAAGGAGUCCUUAAUUUUAUCUAAUGUUUUUUGGUUGCUCUUUUUUUCAUGUUAAAAGUGGUUUUGCCUC